AUGGGCAGCAUGGGUCUUCCCGAACAGACUACGCAGUUUCCGGAAUCUGCCUACCGGAAGCAUCUUCCUGAUCUCGAUAUACCUCGAUUCCAGAUAAUGCACAAGCAGAAUGCACACCAGUAUGCUGAUGCAUUCAAGCAGCAUGGCCACCCUCCUUGGCUUCACGCGCUAUAUAUGCAUUGGCUCAGUCUGCUCAAAGAGCCGUUCAGAGGUGUAACAACUGAUGGUAAUGUUCAGUCAGGCGUCUACCAGGUGCAGGAUGAAGAUGUUCCGAUCGAGUCCAUAGUAAAGUCUGUCAACGAACUGGUUGACCUCCUUUCAGAGGAGCAAAGAAACACAAUUUUCUACCACAUCGACGACCCGAAAUGGAGGACUUGGUCGAAUCCUGAGUUUCUACUCAGCCACAAAGGCAUCAGAUUAGACGAGGUCUCGCAGAACGUCAAAGACGCUGUGAUGAACUUGUUGGCUGGCAUAUUAUCGCCCGAAGGUUAUCAAAAGGCCGUCUCGGCUAUGCGAAUUAAUGGUUAUCUCGGGAAGUUGGUCGAUGGAACCAAAGUCAUGAACGAGUUCUCAUAUAACAUCUGCUUCUUCGGAGAGCCUUCGACGACUCGACCUUGGGGACUGAGUUUCUACGGACACCAUCUGUGUUUGAAUAUCUUCUUCUACCGCACACAGAUCAUUGUUAGCCCCUGGUUCACUGGUGCUGAACCUAACGUUAUUGACUCUGGACCGUAUAGUGGUACAAGAAUAUUGCACGAAGAAGAAAAGCUAGGGCUGGAGCUGAUGCAAAGCUUGAGUCCUGAAGAGCAGGCAAAGGUACAGAUUUACAAGCAAAUGAAAGAUCCAGCCAUGCCAAAAGGAAGGUGGAAUCACGACGACCAGCGACACCUAUGUGGAGCAUACCGAGACAACCGCAUCGUCCCAUAUGAAGGCAUCACUGUGUCUUCAUUGACUCAAGAACAACAACAGCUCGUCCUUGGUAUCCUUGAGCAGUAUCUGCUCUACCUGCCACAACGAUCACGACUAAUGCAGCUCGACCGUAUCAAAUCGUUUUUCCAUGAAACGUAUUUCUGCUGGAUUGGUCAAUUUGGCAACGAAGAUCCAUUCUAUUUCCGCAUACAAAGUCCUGUAAUCUUAGUCGAGUUCGAUCAUCAUUCUGGAGUAUUCUUGACGAACAAAGAGCCUGCGAAAUUUCACAUCCAUACCCUGCUUCGAAUGCCGAAUGGCGGGGAUUAUGGCCAUGCACUGCGACGAUGCUGCGAACCAGUGAAGCAGGAGUUCGUCUGGGAAGGCUAA